UGGUUGUAGCAAAAUAUAUAAUAGAAAUGAGACACUCUUCUCCCGCUGUAUACAUUCAUCUGGUGCAACACAUGAUAGAGACAUGUUUGACCUUUAACAUGAGCAAAGAGGAAUGCAUGGAAGCUCUCUCAGAGAAUGCAAACAUCAAUCCCAUCAUCACGUCCACUGUUUGGAAGGAGCUGGUUAAAGAGAACAAGGACUUCUUUGAGACGUACGAGCAGAAGCUUAUGAAAAAGGAAUCAAUGUCGGAGGAGGAGACAAACCAAUUAAUUCAGAACAUCAUCUCUUUGUGA